AUAGAGACAAGUCCUCCAUUUCUCUUGUCUCUGUGUUAAAAUAGAAAAAAUCGCCGGUGAACCACCUCGUCUAAAACGCCAAUGGAAAACAACCAGCAAUCGGCGGCGAAUGCAGCAGCGGCGGCGGCAGCAGCAGCGGCGUAUCCAGCGCAGCCACCGUACCACCACCUCCUUCAGCAGCAACAGCAGCAGCUCCAGAUGUUCUGGACCUACCAGCGCCAAGAAAUCGAACAGGUUAACGAUUUCAAGAACCACCAACUUCCUCUAGCCCGAAUCAAGAAGAUCAUGAAAGCUGACGAGGAUGUCCGCAUGAUCUCCGCUGAAGCUCCCAUUUUAUUCGCCAAAGCGUGUGAGCUUUUCAUUCUGGAACUCACUAUUCGUUCCUGGCUUCACGCUGAGGAAAACAAGCGUCGAACUUUACAGAAGAACGACAUCGCUGCCGCGAUUACGCGGACUGACAUUUUUGAUUUCCUUGUUGACAUUGUUCCGAGGGAUGAGAUCAAGGAAGAGGGUGGUGUUGGUCUUGGGCCUGCUGGGAUUGUGGGCUCCACAGCUAGUGGUGUGCCUUACUAUUACCCACCAAUGGGCCAGCCUGCUCCACCGGGUGUGAUGAUGGGCAGGCCUGCUAUGCCUGGGGUUGAUCCUUCAAUGUACGUUCAGCCACCGCCGUCGCAGGCGUGGCAGUCCGUUUGGCAGGCUGCUGAGGAUAAUUCCUAUGCAAGUGGAGGCAGCAGUGGACCGGGUAACCUUGAUGGUCAAAGUUAAUGAUCAUGUUUGCUGCUGAUCCAGUCGCUUUGUGGCACAAAGGAAGCUAUUAGUUACUAAUGGUACAUGUCCUCAAAUGUGAAUGAUCCUUAUUGCUAGUGUCCAUGAAUACUAGCUUAACUGUAAUGACUUGAAUCCUUUAGUCGUCUUGUUUGUAUAAAACUGUGUAGUUUAUCAGAAUGCUUAUGGAUUUCUGGUUUUCAGUGUUAUAAUAAACUGACCUUACUACUUGCAUAACAA